AUGGCAAAUUCCUGUCUUAUGCCUGGUGUCAAACCCGUUGACACUCCCCUCUCUGACUCACCAACCCGGGUAUCCACUGCGAAUGAGGAAAUUGGUCAAGAAAGGACGAAGAUAUACGAGAUCCAAGUUAAGAUCAGUACUGUCUACUCCCUGGCACUUGCACUGCAUCGCUCAUUAUUUACCUCGACCGAUCCAUUCAAGCAAGUACAGCGUGAACUGUGUCCUCUGAUUGUCGCUCUUGGGCAUGUUGGUCGAGUGUUCAAUGCUAUAACGGAUCGGCGUUACCCUCAGAUUGCUUCUGAUCUCGAUCAAUGCGUGGAUACCUUACAGCACCUUGGGAUGCUAAAGUUGCAGGGCGACGGCCUUGUUUCAAUUCCACACAACAAAAGCGGAAUUUCCGAUCUUUCAGGGCGAUUGAAAGAUAUCAGAGUUCAGCUGACAUCUAAUACCCAAUCGUUGAAUCGGUGGAACGUCGAUUCUAUCAGAGAUGCACAAAGAAAUAUCAAGAUGCCCCUAGAGGCGUUUGUGAAAUCUGUUGAAAAUGAUAGCUCCAGAGCGUCAGUAACCUGGAACUCAUUACUUCUCAGCGGCGAUCAGAAUAUGUGGAGAGAACUCCGUGGAGAGUUCAAAGAUGUCGGGAUCAGCGACGAGAACUAUGUUAUCAAUCUCGACUUCAUCAUCUCGAGACUGACGAGAGCUACCUUCGGCGGUAAUAUUCCGGAUACCAACACAGCUAGACAAGCUUCGAUGGAGAUCACCGACUUUACAAUUGUUGAACCACCAAAUUUCAUUUCCUCGAUCAGCAGCUCUCCAAAUGCAACCAGCGAGCGAAUCAACGAAAAACAACGAGAGCCUUUUCAUCACCCCGCAAGGAACUUAUCGUUCCAGCUGAAAGGAGCUUUAACCUGGAGCAAAGGAAAAAAGGGCGGGGAGAGCGAGAUCUAG